GUGCUAGAUGGAAGCAAGGCAAAGUAUGCUUGUGGAGCUGAACUUCUUCCACUGCAGUUCUAAAGCUGUGGCUUAAGCAAGAUCCAGUUUUGAAGGAGGUGGGAGUGUCCACACUUUCUUCUUAAACUGCCUUCUCCCAUUGAAUUCAAACACACAAACAAGAAAUGGUCAGCAGUCAGCCUCUCCCCAUAGCAGACAAUGGGAAAAGGAAAAAGAAAAAAAGAACCAGAGCCACAGAUCACGUCCCUGGGAAGUUUGAAGACUUGUACAAGCUGACUGCAGAGCUGCUUGGUGAGGGAGCAUAUGCCAAAGUUCAGGGUGCUGUCAGCCUCCAAACUGGGAAAGAAUAUGCAGUAAAAAUCAUUGAAAAAGAUGCGGGGCAUAGUCGGAGUCGGGUUUUCCGUGAAAUAGAAACGCUGUACCAGUGUCAGGGGAACAAGAACAUUUUGGAGUUAAUAGAGUUUUUUGAAGAUGAUACAAGAUACUACCUUGUCUUCGAGAAGCUGCGAGGAGGUUCAAUUCUGGCCCAUAUUCAAAAGCGGAAGCACUUCAAUGAACGAGAAGCUAGCAAAGUGGUGAGAGAUAUUGCCUCUGCUCUGGAUUUUCUUCAUACAAAAGGUAUUGCUCACAGGGACCUGAAGCCUGAAAACAUCCUGUGUGAAUCUCCAGAAAAGGUAUCACCAGUAAAAAUAUGUGACUUUGAUCUUGGUAGUGGGGUGAAGCUGAACAGCGCAUGUACUCCAAUAACUACUCCUGAAUUGACAACGCCGUGUGGGUCUGCAGAAUACAUGGCACCUGAAGUGGUUGAAGUCUUCAUGGAGGAGGCUACGUUCUAUGAUAAGCGAUGUGAUCUUUGGAGCCUGGGAGUGAUUCUGUACAUCAUGCUCAGUGGUUACCCCCCUUUUGUGGGCAACUGUGGCACAGACUGUGGCUGGGACAGAGGAGAAGUCUGCAGAGUUUGCCAGAACAAGCUUUUUGAGAGCAUUCAGGAGGGCAAGUAUGAAUUUCUUGACAAGGACUGGUCGCACAUAUCCUCUGAGGCCAAAGAUCUCAUCUCAAAGUUGCUGGUUCGUGAUGCCAAAGAACGACUUAGUGCUGCUCAAGUUUUGCAACAUUCAUGGGUUCAAGGACAGGCUCCUGAAAGGGGAUUACCUACCCCGCAAGUUCUUCAAAGGAACAGUAGCACAAAAGACCUGACACUUUUUGCUGCUGAGGCCAUAGCCCUCAACCGGCAGUUGUCUCAGCAUGAGAAUGAACUCAGCACAGAGCAGGAGAGUGUUGCCCAUGCUGUGUGCUCCAUGAAGCUUUCACCUCCGUCCAAGUCCCGCCUGGCCAAGCGCAGAGCAAUGACGCAUGCCACCAAAAACACCGACUUCCAGCCAGUUCCCCAUAAAGCCUUUUAAACUUCUUCCCUGCUAUGGAUUGACAAGAUCAGCCUAUGUUCUUAUUUGGAUUUUCAGCGCUGAUAAAAGCUUCUCUGCUUCUGACACUUUGAUUAGAAGCUUGCUCUUGUGAUGUUACUUGUAACUUUAAGGGGACAGCUUUUUAUGGGAAUGUUUUUUGCCUGUCAGAUUUUGGUGCAUUAAGAUAAUUUAAGUGAUGUUUUUAAACUGGGGAAGAUGGGUUUGCUGCUGAAUUAUCUGAGGUGAUAGAUCACUAAGCUUUCCUUAUUUUCCUCUUAGAAGAGCAUGCUUUAAAACGUGAGCUUGAAAACAAGGAAACCUGCUUUCUUGCUUUGCCUGGCAGAGCAUCAAGGCUUUCCCUGCCUAUGGCUGCUCUCCUUGGCGGCACGUCUUGCAAGGUGCUGCUGCUUGUGUCAGCAGCAGGGACUGUUCUCAACCAGCAGUGCCCUCCUCUCUUUCUGUAGACUCAGGAAGCGAAGAUAAUGACUGAGUGGAUCUCUGUCCCUGUUACCUUCAUUGGGCUUAAACUGUAUGAGGUAAAGGCACAGGGAUGGCUCAGGCUUGCAGAGAUGAGAAGGACUGGGUUGCUUUUUUACCCUGUUGAUAGUUUGUGUGUCAGCAUGUGGGAUGAAAGCUGGAAAUGUUCUUUAUCUGCAAUCUUUUUGCUCUUAACUAAAACGUAUCAUCUCUUUUUGUAAUUGGGUUUGGUUUGUCCCCUUCUCUGGAAGUUACACUGUUAAGUCAGAUCACCACAGUCUAACAGAUUGUUUAUAUAACAGGUUAUAUUUAGUAUCUGGUGUUUUUUCUAUAUCAGUGCUACCCUCAGUUACAUCUUCUUUUCUGUAACCUCAUGUUUCUCCAGCUCCUUUCAUGUGUGUUACCCGGAGUUCUUAAUGUGAAUGGACAGGCUUCAGUGAGCUUUGAUGUGUGAAUGAGUUAGGAUUAUCAAAUGCAGGGGUACAUCUGUACAAAAAUGGUGCUGCAGCUGUUACAUUCUGCUCCUGCAGUGAUCUUGGGCUGGGUGUAUAGAGUCUUCCAGUUUCACUGCUGUGGUGCACAAGGGGUCAGGAGUAAUUUGGAAGGGUACUGGCUGAAAAGCUGAAGACUUUGAGUGACCAAGGUGAGGUGUCCAUGGGGAAGGACGUGGAUGUUGAGCACUUUCUGAAACGUAAGCUGUGAAAAUUGGGCCACUAAGAUGCCCAACACGAUGCACCUUAACUCGCCAGCCAUUUCUGAAGCCCUUUGCAAGGACAUUGUGUACAGGGGGAGAGGGAGAGGAGGAGGCCCCUGAAUGCCAGCACAAAACCCUCCCAAGCAGAAGGAGAAGGAAUAAAGUGGCAGAUCCACUGAGUGCUUGGAAAUUGAAAGGUCAAGGCUGAAUGUCUUUGCAUGGCCUAUUCAGAGCAGUUUUACAUUAUCUUUUAGCAGUGUGCAUCCAGCUAUUUUUAUACAACAUGUUGGUUUUUGUGACUAAUAUUAAAGCUGUUAUUUCAGAGAUUUUAUACAUUGUGCUAGUGGAUGGAUUAUGAAAUGCAUUUUGCUUUGUUUUUAUUAAAAUGCUUUAAAUUAUGGAUUUAACACAA